AUGGCCGAAUGUGACGAGAAUGGCAGUAAGAAAUCAACCUUAAAUAUUCAUUCUCGAAUUCAUACAAAUGAAAAACCGUAUGAAUGUGAUGUGUGUGGUAAAAAGUUUGCGCAUAAAUCAACAUUAAAUAUUCAUUAUCGGAUUCAUACAAAGGAAAGACCAUAUUUUUGUGAUGUGUGUGGCAAACCCUUUACACAUAAAUUAACAUUAAAUAAUCAUUAUCGGAUUCAUACAAAUGAAAAACCGUAUUCUUGUGAUGUAUGUAAUAAAAAAUUUACUCAUAAAAAUAAUUUAAAAGUGCAUUAUCGAAUUCAUACAAAUGAAAAGCCCUAUUCUUGCAAUGUGUGCAAGAAAAAGUUUUCCCAGAAAAUUAAUUUAGAAAGUCAUUAUAGAACUCAUACGAAAGAAAAACCGCAUUUCUGCACUGUAUGUGGUAAAACCUUUGCUCAUAAAUCAAGUUUAAAUAAUCAUUAUCGAGUUCAUACACUUGAAAAGCCUUAUUCUUGUGAGAUUUGUAGGAAAGAAUUUACUCAUAGAUCGAAUUUGUAUAUCCAUUAUCGAACGCAUACUAAUGAAAAACCGUAUUUUUGCAACGUUUGUGGUAAAGAAUUUUCUCUUCAACAAAAUUUAAAUAUUCAUUGUCGAAUUCAUACAAAUGAAAAACCAUAUUCUUGUGAUAUCUGUCUCAAAGAAUUUGUACAUAAAUCAAAUUUAAAUGUGCAUUAUCGAAAUCAUAGAAAUAUGAAACUAUAUUCGUGUGACGUAUAUGAUGAAGAAUUUUCUCAAGAAUAA